AGCAACUCCGCCACCGAAAGACCGGGGACCCGGCCUCCGCAGGGCGGGGGUGGAGGCGGGGCUGGGCGAAGCGAGCCGAGCGCGGCUGCCGGUGUUGAGCUCCCAGUGUGAAGUCAGGCCCGCGGCGGGGCCUUCCCGGGGUCCGCGCUUUCUCCCGACACAGUCACCGAAUCCCUGCAGCUUUCGGUCGCGCGCACGGACCUGUGAUGUGACGGCCGCCCCGCCCUCGCAGGGGACAGAACUGAGGCUCAGGGAGGUGGUGGUUGGUCUGAAGCCGCCCGGCUGGGAAGUGGAUUCACAAAGUGAACGUCCUUCUUCUCUUUGCCUGGAGAAGGGAUGAGGGUGGCGGACUCCGCCGCAGACGUGGACUAGCAGGUCCCUGAGACCCAGCGGAGUGCAUGGAGGCACCCGAGUCUGCAGAACAGAGGGGGCGUGACCCAGAAGCAAAGGGACAGCGAACACAUGUCACGGGGGACACGACAGUCGGGAACCCCGAAUCCACGCCCCACCAGCGUGACUCGGCCAACAGGCUGAGCUUCCAUUUCUCCAUCAGCAAAAUGGGACCACACUGUUCGCUCUUGGCCAUUGUGUGGGCAACCCAAAAGAGUUAACUAAAUGCAACUGCUCACAACAACAACAACAACAACAACAAUGUAUCGAGUGCUGUCCAGCUGCCAUCACCUUGCUCUGGUCAAGCGCGACAGAUUCUGGAAAAUGAUUUCUUUCCAUGUCUCUCCAGGCUUCUGUUCCCAAGUUCGACAGGAUCCCCUGGCUUUGUGAGGCCAGCCUCAGAAACAAGCCCCUGGUGCUCAGCCUCCCCAAAAGAUACCCUCAUGGCUCUGCCACUUCUCUGAAUUCAUGGAGGAAGGAUGUGAAUUCGCCAAAUACGUUUCAAGUUCCAAAUGGCUUAUCUAAGGCCAGGAGGAACCAGAGAGGCCCCAUGCUGGGCAGGAACCUGCAGCUGUGCUCCACAUGCCAGGAAGUGAAAAUGGUACAACCAAGAACAAUGAUGAUCCCAAAUGAUCUGAAACAUUCCUUUGAGAAUUGUAUGAGUCAUAGAAUGAAGAGUCUUCCGCCACCAAAAGCUCCGACUGAACCCAGGUGUUCCCCUGAUGACAUCUCAACAGAGAGCAUUCACUACAGACUUCCCCUUCUGGGCCCCCGGGCAGGGGCCUUCCACGAGCUGUUGUCAGACUCCUACAAGGCUCUGCGGGGGAUACAGCUCUCUGCCGCACCCAGAAAGGAGCCCACGGGCAAGACAAUGAGGCAGUGAGUGAUCGGUGCUCAACACUUUCCACUCCAGAGAGAAAACAACCUCACCAAGCCAGUCUCUCAUCAUUGCCUCCUGUCACCAAAACAGUGAGUCAAGUUUGCCUCCCUCAGAGUGGCUGGAAUCCCCUCUUGCCACCGUCUCACACACUUCUCCUAAAGACGAUGGCUUUAUUUAUACAAUUAUAAAGAUUUAUUGAUUAAAAUGGAACACUUUGAGUGUCAUCAAUUUUAUUUUGGUAAAGAUUCUUAAUUGUGUUCUAAUAGGCAUCAUUUCCUUGUUUCUAAGACAUGAGUUUUCUGUGGAAAUUAUU